AGGCUGAGGUGUCGGGUGCCCUCCUCCUCCAUUAACUCAACCAGGCCACGUCUACAACCAUUAUCACUCAACAUAGUCAUACAUUUCGGCCUCUUCAAAGCAUCGGUUGAGACAAAAGUCACAUGCUUGUUUUUUGUAACCAACACUUCAUCAAGCAGUAAUUCCACUAUGGCUUAAGCACCGAAACAAAAAAAAACAUCGACUUUGGCGGGGCAUUUGUUUAGAUCAACCUCACGAGCAACCGACCAACACCAUGAGCAACGUCUGGCCUCCAAGGGUCUCUCAAGACGAUGCGCAACCUGUUACUCCGAUAGAAGAUGUAACUGACACAGGCGAAAUCGCUGACCUCGCCGGCGAGGCCGAACAACCCGAUCUUCCACCGGUUCCUGCGCCGCCUACAGCAGCACGGCCUCCCCUCGAGCGAAACACUCUACAAGGCGCCCCUCCAGCCGCGCCUAUGGCGCCUCCUCCUUCAAAUGACCAACCUUCGGGGACCGACUCGCUCUCUCUCCAGCAAUUGCGCCAUAUAGUAGCGGAGUUCAAUCGCGCCGAUCCCGUCGCCUAUGAUUUUGAGUACACCGACAUGGGUCCGCAUGCCGAAGAGAUAGACGAGUGGUUCAACUAUCAGGUACCACAGUGGGUUAGGCUCAGUGCUGCACAGAGAGCUUUUAAGUGGCACUGGCAGCAUGAAUCGAGAUCUCAGGACUCAUGGGAUGAUGCAGAUAACGAUACUCGGGCACGAUUUGUCCAAACCGCUAUAGCGGGUGUGCAGUCCAAUGAUGCAGCAUUACGGUCAGCUUCUAUUGGGAAGCUGGUGUAUCUGGUUUUGGGCCGUUGGAAUGAUACUGCCAUGCCGAAUGCGACACCAGGGGACAGCCGAUCUGUCGCGAGUAUUCCGCAGCUACAGGCUAUCAAGGCUGGAGUCGAGUGUCUUAGCUCUUUGGAAGGGCUGCCCGUGAUAUGGGAAGCCCUGCGGAAUAACUUCGAAGUACAAUGGUCAGGGGAACCUCUCGGGCAGCAUAACAGCGCCCAAGAAGCUCAGGAUGAGUUGAUGAAUCUCAUGACCAUCAUGUACGUUGCAGUACAGGAAACUCUCAACGACCCAGAAGACAUGUCCUCUACAUACAGAAAGCUCUUGGAACUCAACCCCUCAAUGGUCGAUUACAUGUUUACAGCAACUUCGAAAUUACGAUGGGAUGAGCAAAAUGCCAUGCCCCAAACUCAGAUACUCCUACUGUUUUGGAAAUCAAUUCUACUUGUUUUUGGUGGAACUAAAGAGCUCGAAGCUAUCAAAGACGCUACUAAUGAGAUGGGAGACAAAGCAGCUGAUAAGAAGACCAUCACUGCUUCACCCUUAGACUAUCACGUUUUCCGGCAAGAGAUAACAUCAAAAUACCCAGCAUAUGUACCUCCGCGACCAGCCAUUCCACUUGAAGCAGACAACACCUCUUUAUUACCCCCUCUCUCGAGUCAAGUUUCCAGGAAUAACGGUGCUAACGGUAUCAUUCCCGCGCCACCCCAGGUUCACAGUGGAGGAACCUCGAUUCUUGACCAACCAGUACACAUUGCAACCCCAGCGCCGUCGCCACCCCCUUCUCCAGCAGUAAACGGAAAGGGAGGCAAGAAACAGAACUAUCAAACAAACCAGAACUUCCCUUUCAUGUACCCUCCCUUAGAUGCGUCGAGCAACUUUGCUGGCGGGAAAGGCCCUUCUGGUCUCCAACAUACUCUGGUAGGCCGAAAGUGGGAAGGAAGCGAUAUUCCCGCUUCCAUCCUUGAAGCUGGAGAGUUAUUCUCAAAACGAGUCAGGAUGACGCGAGCGACUCGCCAGCUCUGGGAAGAGCGUGAGCGAUUUCUCAAGUUUGAGCGCGGCUAUAAUAGUGACCACAAUGAUGAUGACGAUGAGAUCGAGGGUCUAGACCUUAAUGAGCUUUCGGCAGAAGAGCAAGAAAUUCUGAAGGCGGUAAAAGCGCAGACAAAAGCAGAGGAGAAGAGAAAGCAUCCCAUCGCUCCUGAACCGGAGAUUGACUAUGGUCCUCGACCAGAGCUGUUGUCUGAACGAGACAAGCAACGCCUUGCUGCUGUUGAAAAGUUCUAUCGUGAUGCUCUGCCUCACCUCCAAUCGCUUGUGAUAGUCCUGCUGCGGCCGAUUCUUCUUAACGUGACAGCAAUCGUCGCACAGCAACCUCAACAAGCACCUCCAGGAAUGGGUAGAGGUAACAAUCCUGGCAUGAACGGCGGUCCUUCGGCGAAUAGACAGCAGCAGGAGUUGCCAGGACAGAACCUCCCCAAACCACCGACACCUGAAUUAUCACUAGAAGAAGUUGACGCCGCCAGGACUCGGGAAAUUACAUCGAAAGCCAUGACUGGGAUUCUCAUACUCCUGUUGAAAUGGCUGAGAGUUUCUCAUGUUCUCAAAUUCGAGUAUAUGACGCAACUUCUAUUGGACUCUAACUACGUCCCUCUCGUCCUCAAGCUCUUUGCUCAUCAAGAUGUUCAGCAAGUGGUCGAUAGCAAAAUGGACCGCGCUGAAAAUAGUUUCUUCCAUUUCUGUAGCCUGUUGUCGCAAUCUAGAGAUAAGGCAGCUGCAGACUCGGUGCAGGAAGAUGAAGGGGAUGACGAAGAGAUAGAAGAGAGUGAAGACGAAGCUGCCCCCCCGCCAAUCAGGAGAAGACGAUCGCCAACUGCGCAAAACGACGAUGACACAGAUUCCAACAGUGAUGACCACGCUACUUCAACGAGACCCGAGGUAGACGAGCUUGGCUAUCCCCUCAAUCAACAACCGACAGAGCCUAUCACAGACUUCUCGCGCCGCAACUUCUUCUCCCUCAUUAAUUACUUGAGAGUGAUGCAAAAGAUUUGCAAAAACAAAGCACACCGAAACUUGCUGCUUGUCCAAUACAAGUCGUCAACAAUCCUUAGGAAGUCUCUCAAAGUACCUCAACCAGAACUACGCCUUUACACGCUUAAGUUGUUCAAGAACCAGGUUCCCUACUGCGGCCGUAAGUGGCGCCAGAGCAAUAUGCGGGUGAUCACGGCGAUAUAUCUGCACUGUCGACCGGAGCUGAAGGACGAAUGGCUUGCGGGAAGUGACGUGGAUGCCGAAGUAGACGCAGCGCUUCCCCUAGAACAAGCAUUGCGCAGCCUAACACACUGGCUUAACCUUCGCCGGUACCCAGACAAGAUCGCACCAGACAUUAGAGCUGCCAUGCGAGACGAGCAGGACUUUUUCUCCAGGGAACUUGAGAAGCUGGAGUUGAAUUGGACAGAUGGGGGAGGUGACGAUGGCAUGAGCGAACUAGAGCCGGGUGAGGUCUGGUAAGCUUGUUACAUAAAAGGGUUCUUGCUUGGGCGCUUUUGAUUGAUAUGGCGAUGGCAAACAGCAAGUUGUUUGUUUACUUUCCGUGAAGACUCGAAGAUUGUGGGUUUCCCGUUACAUCAGCUUUUUGGCAUGGAAUGUAACUGUUCAACCUCUUUGAUACCUAUUCAAGCCUGGCUCUGCGAUGAUAUGGAGAUGGAAGAGAUUAAAGCGAAGAGAUCAGCCCGUCAGAUGGGUAUAAAGUGUUCAAGCGACAAAAGACCCCGGAGAAAAAUUAAACUAAGAGAUAGUUUAAGGUAAAAAGAAAAUGUGAACAGAAGCUUUGAAUUGGACGUUCAUCAGUGAAAAAAACGGCUCAUCACUAUUAUCACGGC